AUGGACGCUGAUAAUAUAGAAGACAUUGAGGAACAGCCAGUUAGUACAAUUCCAGAGGAUGUUCAAACGAGAUAUAUACACUGGAAAAAGAAUACUAAAUUACUGUAUGAUUAUCUGAACACAAAUUCCACCAAAUGGCCCUCCUUAACAUGUCAGUUUUUUCCUGAUUUGGAUACUAGUUCAGAUCAACAUAGACUGUUACUCUCAUCAUUUACAUCAUCUCAAUUACCAGAGGAUGAAUCAGUGUACAUUUCCAAGAUAUCUACCCUGAAGCACCUGAACUGGUCCUCUUUAAAUAAUUUCGAUAUGGAUGAGAUGGAGUUCAAGCCUGAUCCAUCGGUUAAACUCCCGCCAAAAAACUUAACUACAGAAGUUUCAAUUCGAUUUCCUAACGGAGACUGUAAUAGAUCUAGAUAUUUACCUCAGAAUCCCGAUUUGAUAGCAGCAGCAUCUUCUGAUGGUUCUGUCUAUAUUUUUAACAAGACUAAGCAUGGUAAUUCAGUUCUAAGAUCGAAGUCUUCUGAUGAUUUCCAAGCCCGUUUAUUUUCAGGGAGCCACGAUGCACAAAACCUCGACAAUUUUAAUGAAGCCGUAUCUCUAUCUUGGAACAAACAUAAAGAAGGCAUUUUAGGAGUAAGCUAUUCACAAGGGCAAUGCAACAUAUGGGACGUCAAGAAGUUUUCUAGGUCAAAUAUUCUAAUUUCUCAACCUGAACUCACAGUCACUUUUGAUUCUAACGGAUGUAAUGAUUUGGAUUGGAUGCCAAUGCAUGACUCAAUGUUUAUUGCAUGUGGUGAGAGCAACAAACUUGGUUUAUUUGAUAUGAGAUUAAAUGGAGAGAAAGAGGUGAACAGUAUAUCUAAUUAUAAACAUGAAGAUGGGAUAAAUACUUGUAAGUUUAAUCCGGGGAAUAGUUUAUUGGUGGCAUCAGCUGAUACUUGUGGGAGAAUAAACCUUUGGGAUAUACGGAAACUUGAUCAGGAACCGAUCAGCACCAUGCAGCAUGGCUCAUCAAUCUCCACAAUAGAAUGGAACCCCAACAUUGGAGUUGUUUUCGCAUCCGCCGGUCAAGAAGAUGGCCUUGUUAAAUUAUGGGAUGCAUCUGUUGGGAAGGAAAUAUUUGUACAUGGAGGUCAUAUGUUAGGCGUGAACGAUAUAUCAUGGGAUAUGCACGAUCCUUGGCUAAUGGCAAGUGUAAGUAAUGAUAACACCAUACAAAUAUGGAGGCCUGCUAAGAAUAUUGUUUCUAAACCAUCUUAA